AUGGAAACCCCAACUUUCGCCCAGUUAGGAGACUUCCAGGUCCAAGGGUACAUCAAUCCCCAUACUCAAGUGGCCAACUUUCUGGGCAUCCAAUAUGCAACUAUCCCUGCUCGAUUCCGGCAGGCACAACUCGUUGACACGGCCAAUAUCGCCGUAGAAGGAAGUCUCAAUGCCACCCAGUACGGUCCACGCUGUCCCCAGACUGACCGUCGAACUCGCGGUGACGAGCAUCUAUUCGGAGAGCUUCCUCGCAGCUUCGACUUUCCGAAGGAUGAGUUUGGCUGCUUGAGGCUCAAUGUAUACACCCCAAGAGACAUCCCCGCCGGGAAGCUGCUACCGGUUCUCGUCUGGAUCCAUGGCGGUGGAUUCACUUUUGGGGACGGCGGUGCUGACUUCGACGGUAACUAUCUGGUGCAGCAUUCGGUUCUCUCGGGAAGGCCCAUCGUCUACGUCGGCAUAAACUACCGUUUGGGGUAUUUGGGGUUCUUAACAUCAAAAGAGCUCCAGGCCGAAGCUGCCAGCAAUGGGGAGGCGGGUUUUGCCAACAUGGGACUCUAUGAUCAACGGCUCGCACUUGAAUGGAUUCGGAAGUAUAUCCACCAUUUCGGAGGCGAUGCCUCCAACAUCACUCUAGCAGGCGAAUCCGCCGGUGCAUGGUGUGUUCUCGCGCACCUACGAUCCAAUGUGCCGGUAUGUAAAAGAGGGUUCGUCAUGUCUUGUCCAGACGUGGACUUUCCCCGACCGGAGGAAUCGCAGGCAAUUUUUGAUCAGCUAGCCACCCGUGCAGGGGUUUCUGCAACCGCCUCGGGCGCGGAGAAGUUAACAGCGCUAAGAGGCUUGCCGGUGGAGGAACUCGAUCGACUUCUCGCCGGUCAGAUGGCAACCCCGUUGUGGGAUGAAUCUUGGUUCAUCUAUCAUGAAGGGCGGCAACCGGUCGCUGGGCCAGCGCCAUUCGCUCCAUGGGUCUCGGGCAUCGUCGCAGGACACACAAAAGAUGAAGUCGCUCCGUGGAUAAUGCGAUCGCGAGCCUGGGGGUAUGAGCAAUACAGAGAGCGGAUCCACGAGGCCGCUCCUGACGAGCCAACAACGACGAAACUCUUGACCGUAUACGGGAUUGCUGCGGACGCGUCCCCGAUGGCCAAUUUCAAAGCUUACUCCGACAUGGCCACAGAUGCCUUCUUUUCGCACCUGACUCUAAUGCUUGCCCGCGAUCCUAGUACCUCUGUUAGUCUAUAUCGGUUCGACCAGGGUGAUACACUCUCCCAGGGCUCACUGAGAGGUUUGGCGUAUCAUGCUCUCGAUAACGCCUUCUUCUUGCGACUGCCAUCAGUAGCAGGGGCCGAGGCCGACUGCAAUUUUCAAGAAACGGCCGAUCUGUUCUCCAACUCGGUACUCGAAUUUGCCUAUGGGUCACAACCGUGGGAAGAGUACCACCAGCAGAACAGGAUCAUGGUCUUCAAUGGGAAGGAGAGUAAGCUGGUCGAAUCCCCAGCUCCAACCCGGUGGACACGUAUCAUCGAAGAUGCCAGAUCGGCGCUGGGCGCAGCGGCAUGGAGAGCAGCGCUGAAGCUCGUUGGACUCCAUCAUAGCUCCAUAAAUUGA